AAGAGCCGAAGAUGUCGGCUCGGUCAUGUGAUCAGCUGUGUCCAAUCACAGCUGAUCUCAUGGGAUAUGUACACUGAUCAUCAGGGCCCUGAUGAUCUGUGUAGCCCCAGCAGUGCCACCUGUCAGUGUCCUUCAGUGCCAGCUGUCAGUGCUCAUCCAUGCCACCUGCCAGUGCCACAUCAAUGCCACAUAUCAGUGCCACCUAUCAGUGCUGCCAGUUAGUGCCACCUAUCAGUGCUGCCAGUUAGUGCCACCUAUCAGUGCUGCCAGUUAGUGCACCACCUAUCAGUGCUGCCAGUCAGUGCCGCCUAUCAGUGUGCAUCAGUG